AUGGGGUUCCAGCGACGUCAAGAAGAACGGUAUCGACCAAAGUCAGACUAUCCAUUCAAAAUGGCCAUGUGGGAUUUCAAGCAUUGCGACCCGAAGCGCUGCAGUGGGAAAAAGCUUGAACGAAUGGGCAUGAUCCGCCCUUUACGGAUCGGCCAAAAGUUUGGUGGUGUCGUUGUGUCACCCAACGGAAAGCAUCCAGUUUGCCCCAAUGACUGCGAGAUUGUGGAAAAGUACGGAGCUGCUGUUGUCGAGUGUUCUUGGGCGAGACUUGACGAAGUUCCAUUCAGCAAAAUCGGUGGUAAGAAUACCCGUCUGCUUCCCUAUUUAUUAGCCGCAAACCCCGUGAAUUAUGGCAGACCGUGGCGACUCAAUUGCGUAGAAGCACUUGCUGCUUGUUUCUGCAUCACAGGCCACUUCGAUUGGGCAGAGACCGUUCUUGAAAAGUUUACGUGGGGUCAUGCAUUUUUGGAGUUGAAUGCCGAGUUGCUGGAACUAUACUCUAGAUGUACUGAUUUUGAGAGUGUACAAAAGGUCCAAGAAGCCUGGCUGGAAGCCAAAAGGCAACCUAAUGAUGGACAGAAUUGGACAAUCAAAGAGGGAGAAGAGGAGAUCAAUGAAGAGUCCAGUGAAAGUGAGGAAGAGUCUGAAGAGGAGCCUGAUCAACUUGCAGGCGACGUGAAUGUACUUGUUAUUGGCGCUGCAGAAGAAGAAAAGGAAGAGGACCAAGAAGGGUCGGAAUACGAGUCAGAUCUAGAUCUUGAUGAACCUCAAGCUACAUUAUAA